GGAGGUGGUGGAGGAAAAAGAAGAGACCAUAGACUUCUACUUCGGCCUAGAGCGGCCCUCAAAGUGCGUGGGAGAGGAGGGCGGGCGGGGACCACCCAGAACUGGCCGCCGGCGGUAUCAUGGCGUCCCGGAACCCCCCUCCCCAAGAAUACGAAAGUGAUGACGACUCUUAUGAAGUGUUGGAUUUAACUGAGUAUGCAAGAAGACACCACUGGUGGAAUCGAGUGUUUGGCCACAGUUCGGGACCUAUGGUAGAAAAAUACUCAGUAGCUACCCAGAUUGUAAUGGGUGGUGUGACUGGCUGGUGUGCAGGAUUUUUGUUCCAGAAGGUUGGAAAACUCGCAGCAACUGCAGUGGGAGGUGGCUUUCUUCUCCUUCAGAUCGCCAGUCACAGUGGCUAUGUGCAGGUCGACUGGAAGAGAGUUGAAAAAGAUGUAAACAAAGCAAAAAGACAGAUUAAGAAACGAGCAAAUAAAGCAGCACCUGAAAUCAACAAUAUAAUUGAAGAAGCAACAGAAUUUAUCAAACAGAACAUAGUGAUAUCCAGUGGAUUUGUGGGAGGCUUUUUGCUAGGCCUUGCAUCUUAAGGACAUGAAUGUUCUACCCUAGCAGUGGAUCCAACUGUGAGAAGGGAAGUGGUGGCAACACGGUGAUCUCUCAACAGCACAUGCCACCAGAGUCUCCAGAACAAGGAGAAACAACUAGCUGGACAAUACCCAAUUCACAACUUAGCAUUUUGCCAUCUGAAGCUUGGCAAACUAGUAUCUGCUGUAAAACAACCUAUAUGGUAUGUGAAUAAUAGUAUUCUGGAGCAAAACAUGGCUUUUGUCAUUUUUUAAACAUUUGCAUCUGUUUAGAAACUGGCCUGUAAGAUAUCACUAUUGCAUAUAGAUAUGGAGAGAGAAAAAAAUUGGUUGGAUUUAUUGCCCAAUAAAAUAUCAUCUUUUUAUUUAAAUAAGGUGUUCUUCAUUGUGCUUUACAGUAUAGUGCCAAUAAUUAAAAACUUGUCUUAUAGCUUCAAUGUUAGGGCUGACUCUUUUUUUUUAGUUAUGUUUGCAAUAAACUGGUGCCCAUUUGUGAAAGACUUUAGAAAUAAUGGAAUUAUUAAAAAUAUUAAAUAGA